UCCAACUAGAGGCUCUCUGGUAAACGGCAAUACCUCCUCUUUCACCUUUCUCUUCUCCUUCCGAAUCCGAACUCACCCUAGAGGACAAGACAAUGGCGAUCAAUAAAAAACUCUUAUCUCUUCUACUCCUCGUAUCCUCCCUAUCAUCAAUCGCAUUAUCAUCAUCAUCUUUCUCAGAUCCCGAUUCCGAUUCAGAUCUCACCAACGAGCUCGUCUCCCUCAGAUCAAACUCCGAAUCAGGCGUAAUCCAUCUCGACGACCAUGGAAUCUCCAAAUUCCUCAUCUCCUCCCCAACUCCACGCCCUUACUCCAUCCUCGUCUUCUUCGACGCCACUCAGCUCCACAGCAAAACCGAGCUCCGUCUCCAAGAGCUCCGCCGCGAAUUCCACCUCCUCUCCGCCACCUUCCUCGCCGCUAACAACAACGGAUCCGAUCUAAACAAACUCUUCUUCUGCGAGAUCGAGUUCUCCCAGUCCCAAUCCUCCUUCAAGCGAUUCAACGUCAACGCUCUCCCUCACAUCCGUCUCGUAACCGCCUCGACGUCGAAACUAACCGACGAGUCCGGACAAAUGGAUCAAUCCGAUUUCUCUAGGUUAGCCGAAUCAAUGGCCGAGUUCGUCGAGCAGCGAACCAAACUCACCGUAGGUCCGAUCCAGCGCCCGCCGCUUCUCUCCAAGCCCCAGAUCAGCGUCAUCGUAGCGAUGAUCGUCGUCGCUGCUCCGUUCGUCGUCAAACGGAUCCUGAGAGGAGAGACUCUUCUCCAUGACCACAGGCUUUGGCUAUCGGGCGCCAUCUUCGUCUACUUCUUCAGCGUGGCCGGGACGAUGCACAACAUCAUCAGGAAGAUGCCUAUGUUUCUCCAGGAUCGUAACGAUCCGAACAAGCUUGUUUUCUUCUACCAAGGAUCAGGGAUGCAGCUUGGAGCUGAGGGGUUCGCUGUGGGGUUCUUGUACACUGUGGUUGGGUUGCUCUUGGCGUUUGUUACUAACGUGCUUGUUCGAGUUGGGAACGUUAAUGUUCAGAGGUUGGUGAUGCUUGUGGCUCUGGUUGUGUCAUCCUGGGCUGUGAAGCAGGUUGUUUACUUGGAUAAUUGGAAGACUGGUUAUGGGAUUCAUCCCUAUUGGCCUUCGAGUUGGCAGUGAUUUCACCUCGUUGGGUUUAGUUUUCAAGACGUUUUCUUGAACUGAGAUAUGAUAUGUUGGACGUUUUUUUUGUGUUUUGAUUCUCUACUACUUUGAAUCAGUGUAGUACAAUUUCAGAUGGUUUAAACUUAUUACUGUUUUCCUA